GCAUUUCCCAUGGUCGCGGCCCUUGGUCGCACUUACAACCACCCUCCUUUUUUCUUGUUACAUGUUUUACUAGAAUUUUCGUCCCGACUUGUAGUUUUGGUCGCACCGUCGACAAAUUUUCAUAAUGAUCAAAUCUUCAAGCCGCGGCCUCUGGGUCUGCACCCAAUGCGUUCGGCAAGCUUCCCGAGGCCAGCAGCGCCGGUGGAUAGCCGCAGUGUCCGGCACCGCUCCCUCGAGCAUCACGGCCGACCACUCACUUCCGGGAAGGAACACCGACGAUGCGAUCCUACGCGAGCUUUUCGACUCCCCCGACCGAGUGUCCAAGGCCUUCAAGGCGGCCGGCCCCAGUGUAGGCCUCUUCAAGAACCGAUAUCUCACCAGCCCGAAUGGCUUCUACGUAUUUGCCCGCAAGAGCUUGGACAAGGCGCAGAAGAUUGUCCAUCGAGUCCUUCAUGCGUCGAGCGUGUCCGAAUACCAGGCCGUUGUCAAGGACCUUGACCGCCUUAGCGACCUUCUCUGCCGAGUCCUCGAUCUCUCCGACUUUGUCAGAAUGACACAUCCAGACCCCAGAUUCCAACAAGCAGCAGCCGGAGCUUGGUCGCUGGUCUAUCAGUAUAUGAACCAGUUGAACACCAUGACCGGACUGAGUGACCAAUUAGUCAAGGCGAUGGAGCAGCCAGAAGUGGUCGCGGCAUGGUCAGAGGAAGAGAGGACAGUCGCAGAGAUUCUCAAGCUGGACUUCACCAAGUCGGCCGUCGACUUGCCGCAGCAGGAGCGGGACCGCUUCGUCGACCUCUCGCAGCAGAUAAGUGAGGUCGGAUCCAUGUUCGUCUCAGACAUGCAGCCUGCGAAGCGUGAAGUUGUGCUUCCUUCAUCGAGCUUUUACGGCUUAUACCCCGGGAUCGCGCGAGCGCUCACGAUGAGGGGCAAGUUGCGCCUGCCCACCACCGGCCCUGAAGCUCAGGCCGCGCUCCGGAGCGUCAAGGACGAGGGGACGCGGAAGGAGGUGUAUACCGCCAUGCGCACCGCGUCGAAGCAGACAGUCGGUCUGCUCGAGACGAUGCUCAAGCUCCGCUCUGAGCUGGCGAAUCUGGCGGGGUUCUCGAGCUACGCUCACCUUUCCCUGAAAGACAGAAUGAUGGCAAAGUCUCCCGGCGCCGUGAUGCAGUUCCUUCACGCGUUGCAAAAGUACAAUACCCCUAUUGUUCGGGAGGAAAUGUCGGACCUCCUGAAGUUGAAGCAGACCCGACUAGACAGCACCGCUACCCAAGUCCAACCGUGGGACAAGGAUUUCCUAAUGGACGGCGUGCGGUCCGAGAUGAGGCUACCAGUCCGUCAUCCCGAUCAUCUCCCCUCUUUCUUCUCCAUCGGUACCGUCAUGCAGGGCAUGUCGAGACUGUUCACUCGUCUCUACGGCAUCCAGUUCAGGCCGAAGGAGUCACAGCCCGGCGAGACUUGGCAUGAGGAUGUGCGGCGGUUGGAUGUCGUGACGGACACGGGCGAUCUGAUUGCCGUCCUGUACUGCGACUUAUUCUACAGAGAGGACAAGUCACCCAACCCUGCUCACUUCACAGUGCGCUGUUCUCGAGCCAUCGCUCCGUAUGAGGUCCAGGAGGCUGCGGAGGACCUCCACAACGCCACAUCCGACAUGCCCAAGUUUGAGAGACCCGAGCAAGCCGCGAACGACGGCAUGGAGAGCUUGCAACAGGACGGCGUCCUGAUGCAGCUGCCAACAAUCGCCUUGGUCUGCGAUUUCCCCAAGCACGAUGCGAGCAGCUCCGCCCCGGCGCUCCUGUCAUACUACCAGGUCGAGACCUUGUUCCACGAAAUGGGCCACGCCAUCCACUCCAUCCUCGCUCGCACCAAGCUCCAGAACGUAUCCGGCACGAGAUGUGCCACCGACUUCGCCGAGCUCCCGUCCACACUGAUGGAGCACUUCGCCGCAGACCCAUCCGUACUGGGCCUCUUCGCGCGCCACUGGAAGACGGACGAGCCCCUACCGUAUCAAAUGGUCGCCGAGCGGAUCCGCCUAGCGAAGCGCUUCGAGGGCAUCGACACGGAAAACCAGAUCCUCCUCUCCCUGCUCGACCAGUCCUACCACGCCCCCGAGGUCGCCGACCCGUCCUUCAACUCCACACAAGUCUACCACGGCCUGCAGAAGCAGUUCUCCCAGGGCGGCGCCGAUCCCGCCGGCACCUGCUGGCAGGGCUUCUUUGGCCACCUGCACGGGUACGGCAGCACCUACUACAGUUACGUCUUUGACCGCGUUCUCGCCGAGCGGGUCUGGCGCGUGGUUUUCUCCGCCGGCGCCGACGGCAAGGCGCUCAGCCGGGAGAACGGCGAGCGGCUCAAGGAGAACCUCUUGAAGUGGGGAGGCAGCCGGGACCCGUGGCAGUGUCUGGCGGAUACCCUCCAGGACGACCGUCUUGCCAAGGGUGACGACAAGGCCAUGGCUUUAGUGGGUAGCUGGGGCAUCAAGGAUGACCAUGCGUGAGGAAUGUGUGCUAGACAUUGUAUUAUAGAUGUAAGAAAGUCCGCACCGCACGAGACUAGAAUUGUAUAAGAGUAGACAUGUAUCAAUGACUAGAUCGUACUAGCAUGCUCUUAUUGUACCAACGCCGUGAUGACACUCGGUCCGCUUCCUGGAGUAUCAUUCUUCUCAAUAUGCUCUGCUCAGGCGGAAAGACUCUGAUAGUGCCGACCGUGCCUACCUAACCAAACCUUCAUCCGAUACCUUAUCCACCACCCGAAUACACAGAAUACGCCCGAGAUGAAGCCUAUAUACCCCCCCUCAAGACCAUUC